AUGAUGGAGGGGUUCAAGAAGGUGUUGAAUGGUAUAGUGUCGCUAAAAGUGCGGGAGUAUGUGAAGGACUACUGCAAGAGGAACGGCCUGCUGACACUGUCGGUCAUCGCUGUGGUGACUGGUUGUGUCCUGGGAUUUCUUCUGAGGUCGCUCAACCUGUCCACACAGUGUUUCUCUCUUUCACAGGCUAGAAUCUACUUCUCCUUCCCGGGAGAACUGCUGAUGAGGAUGUUAAAGAUGUUGAUUUUGCCACUUAUCACCUCCAGUCUUAUGUCUGGCCUCUCAGCCAUGGACACGAAGGCGAGCGGUCGGCUGGGAGUCCUCACCAUCACCUAUUACCUGUGGACAACCUUCAUCGCCGUCAUCGUUGGCAUUGUGCUGGUGCUCAUCAUCCAGCCGGGGGUGGGCUCAGAGAUUGAUGGCCAUCAUGCACACUCAGGACCCGUAAUGACCUCGGCUGACGCUCUGCUGGAUCUCAUCAGGAACAUGAUUCCAUCAAAUCUCAUUGAAGCUACUUUUCAGCAGUAUCGAACAGACCUGGUUCCCAUCGUAAAGAACUCUGAUGGAAAAGAAUCUCAGGCCAACUAUGUUUAUGUCAUGCCUGACUAUCACAACCCUCAACUGGGCCACCCGGUCUUCCUGGAGAUCACCCCUGCUCCUGACAUCAAGUAUAAGAUCGUCCCCAGUACCAGCAAGGGCAUGAACGUCCUGGGGAUUGUCAUCUUCUCAGCUACUAUGGGUCUGCUGCUGGGGAAGAUGGGAGAACGUGGAGCGCCACUGGUCAAUGUCUGCCAGUGCAUCAAUGAGUGCGUCAUGAAGAUCAUCAACGCAGCUAUGUGGUACUUCCCCUUUGGCAUUGUGUUCCUUGUGGCCGGAAAGAUCCUGGACAUGGACGACCCUGCUCACCUGGGGGAGAAGCUGGGCAUGUACUUCAUCACAGUCCUGUCUGGGUUAUUCGUGCACGGCCUCAUCUUGCUGCCUGCCUUCUUCUUCUUCUUCACUCGCAAAAACCCUUUCCCCUACAUCAGAGGCCUGCUGCAGGCUCUGGUUAUUGCACUGGCCACGUCGUCCAGCUCAGCCACGUUGCCCAUCACCAUGAAGUGUCUCCUGGAGAACUGUGGAGUUGACCGACAGAUCGCUCGCUUUGUGCUGCCUGUAGGAGCAACAAUUAACAUGGACGGAACAGCCUUGUACGAGGCAGUGGCGGCCAUCUUUAUCGCACAGGUCAACGAGUAUGACUUGGACUUUGGUCAGCUGGUCACCAUCAGUAUAACUGCAACAGCUGCCAGUAUUGGUGCAGCUGGGAUACCUCAAGCAGGUCUGGUGACCAUGGUGAUUGUCCUGACCUCUGUGGGGUUACCGCCUGCUGACAUCUCCCUGAUUGUGGCCAUUGACUGGGUUCUAGAUCGGUUCAGGACGAUGAUCAACGUUCUUGGUGAUGCCUUAGCUGCUGGGAUCAUGGCUCAUUUAUGUAGGAAGGACUUUGAGAAAGCAGCAGCCUCCUCUACUGCUACUGCCACCGCUGCUGCCGAUAAUGGAGGCGGCCCCCAAAGGAGAGACACCGUAAUCUCCUUUGGUAAUCAGAGUGUGGCGUUUUCUGAUGCUCCUUUGAUCUCACAUCGCUGCGAUUACGUGUUUGAGGUGGACGGAGACAAUGUACUGGAGAGACCUAUGGCCUGCUACAACCUCUGUCAGGUCUGAAAUACUCUAACAGAACGGACAGCAAAUGACUCUGCCUUCUAAAGCACAAAGAAUCACCUCACUUGGGACCGAAGUGAUCAUCACACAAGGCUCGGAAAAAAACCCCAGUCUGCGUAAACCCCUGUAAGGGCUCGGCCCUAAAUGAGAUCAGAGAUCGAGUGGUGUCAGGAUUUAGCCACUUGAAUGGAUUUUACCUGUGCCAUGCUAAAAACAAAAACCUUCAUUACUUGAUGUAGUGUUUGUCUCCAAUCAGUUGAGACUGCAGUUGGGCAGAAAUGUGUUUUGUUUUACAUGCAAACUAAAUCUUGAAAAGAAACUCUGGAAACGUGCAGACACGAGAAUGUCUUCACUGACAUGCUUUACAUGAGUUAGUUUAUCACUCAAUGGUGACAGUUAAAUUUCUCAGAAUGGCUGCCCUAAUGAAGUUUGAUGGCAGGUUUAGACUUCAAUGUUUUGAGUUGCCUUAACAUGAUCUCAGUUUUUCUGGGAAGAUGACAGACUUUAAAUUAAAAACAGAAAUAUUGUGAAGGAGCAGAUUUUCUUGAAGUGAACCUUUAUCUAUGUUAGGCAUUGCAUUUAUGUAAGGAAAUUGAAGCAAUGUGAAUGAGAAUAUUUACAUCACACAAAUUAGGUGUUCAGUUGUGUUUUUUUUACCUGUG